GAAUGAAUGGAUGAAAUAAAAACAGACACGUUGGGAAUAGAGGAACAUAAAUAUUUUAAGUAUUUUGGCAUGCAGAUCAACCGUAACACGACCUGCGCUACUCCCUCCUGAAUGGCCAAUCAACAGUAAGCAGUUUGACCUACAGUAAACUCUGCUCUUCCUGGCCAAUCAGAUCCCAGGAUUUUGCCACUCCUUCAGUAACUUCCUCAAUCCUCAUACUGUAAUUUAACGUUUUUGUGUUUAAACGGAGCCAACAAAAUAAUUUAAAAUUGAUUAAACCAUAAAUCUUAAGGUGUAAUAAAAUAAAAACAUUUUAUUAAUAAAUAAUUGUUUUAGUACAAGUUGUUCUGGAAAGAGUUUGGCGCGUCCAUCUGAGCGGAACUGAAUUAGAUUUUUAUUUGUUUCCACACGGGCGAAUAAUCUCUGUUUAUCAGCGCAGAGGAGAUGGCAGCCCUCCGAACGGCGCUCCAUGCACGACUCGUUCAGACUCUCCCCUUCUCCUUCGGCGCCCUGCGACUCGCCAGCUCCUUUAAGGCCGCAGACCUCACCAUCGAACGCAACCCGGAAUGCAAACCCAAGCCCGACCCGUCCACGCUGAUGUUCGGAAAGCAGUUCUCCGACCACAUGCUGACCAUAAGCUGGUCCGAGAAGGACGGCUGGGACGCGCCGCAGAUCAAACCCUUCCAGAACCUGUCUCUGCACCCGGCCACCUCCGCCCUGCACUACUCCAUAGAGCUGUUUGAAGGCAUGAAGGCGUUCCGUGGCGUCGACAACCACAUCCGUCUCUUCAGGCCGAUGCUGAACAUGGAGAGGAUGCAUCGCAGCACGAAGAGGAGCUGCCUUCCUCUGUUUGAUAAAUCCGAGCUGCUGCAGUGCAUCAACAAGCUGGUGGAGGUGGACCAGGACUGGGUUCCUUUCUCCCAGGACGCCAGCCUCUACAUCCGACCCACGUUUAUCGGCACUGAGCCGUCUCUUGGCGUUUCUCGAGCCGGAAAGGCGCUGAUCUUCGUCAUCGUCGGCCCAGUGGGACCGUACUUCGCCACGGGUUCCUUCAGCCCGGUUUCUCUGCUGGCGGACCCGGCGUACGUCCGAGCUUGGAAAGGAGGAGUCGGGGAGUACAAGAUGGGGGGUAACUACGGGCCGACCAUCGCCGUCCAGUCGGAGGCGCAGAAGCAGGGCUGCCAGCAGGUUCUGUGGCUCUACGGCCAGGAUGAGCAGAUCACCGAGGUCGGCACCAUGAACCUCUUUAUCUACUGGACCAACACUAAAGGAGAGAGAGAGCUGGUGACUCCUCCUCUGGACGGCAUUAUUCUGCCAGGAGUGACCCGGCAGUCCCUGCUGGACCUGGGCAGAACCUGGGGCGAUUUUAAAGUGACGGAGCGAACGAUGGGGAUGAAGGAGCUCCUCGAAGCUUUGGAUGCUGGAAGAGUUCUGGAGGUUUUUGGAGCCGGGACCGCCUGCGUCGUUUGUCCCGUUGGAAACCUCCUUUAUAAAGGAAAGACUUAUCAGAUCCCUACAAUGCAGAACGGUCCAGAUCUCGCAAAGAGAUUCUACAAGGAGCUUACUGAUAUUCAGUACGGACGCAAACCAAGCGAAUGGGCACCAGUGGUUGUUUAGAGUCGGCGGUUUUUAUGAAAUGUGAUUCCAGUUCGAUCGACCAGCCAAUGCACAUCGACCCUUGAAAGGAAAACGGUUGGAGGUUUGAAUGUAAAGCAUUAACACAUCAAGCACCUAGAUGACAGAAUAGAGACAAAUAUAAAGAUUUGAUGUAAAGUAUUAGAGUAAGGAGUCUAUAUAAGUAUCAAACAUCCGUUGUGAUCAUUGCUGUCGGCACAAACUGACACAUCUGUGUUCAAAAAGCAGCUACAUAUUCAGUGUAGGACCUGGAGGCAGAAUGCACUACUAAUCCACUGUAGAACAUGUUUAACUGUUAAACCUGUGUGAGGACGUCCUGUUACUGAUCCAAGCCACUCAGCUCUCACGGAGGUGCAGCGGCGCCCUCUGGUGGUGGGAAGCAAAGCCGCAGACGAGACCUGAAGGCUGGCUGUUACUCCUGCACUAGUUUGUGUUUUUAUCAGAACAACGUAAAGUUAAAGAUUGUGUUUAGGGGCUUUUAAAUUAUUGUAUCCUCGUGUUGAUGUGAAAUCUGGUCAGCUGUCUUCCAAAGUAUCAUCUUGCUGUAUUCUGCUUUUAAAUGUUCUGUUUCCGCUCUUUCUGAACGCCAUGUAUUUGUUCUCCUGUCUUUUCCUUGAAGUGCCUGACCGCCGUCGGUUAGCUUGUUCUUCUCAUGUUAAUGAUGUAGCUGGAAACAAUUCAUCUUAGUUUUAUUUUCAACAUGCUGUUACUUUUAUUCGGUUUUUACAAUAAAAUUUUAUUUGAGGUUUA